UUUUAAAAUAAAAUAUUUUAUUUAUUUAAAUAAACUUGUAAUGAUUAAUUGAAAUCAAAAUCGUAAAAAGGUGUCUGUUAACGUAAAUAAUUACCUAAAAUUGUGUGAAGUGAUUAUUUAGCUGCACUUUAUAUACAUUCUAUUUCAAAUUAAAUUGCUGCUUGUUUAAUUUAAUAUAAAUUCGAUGCUUUAUUAUUCAAAUCUUAAUUAAUUAAGCUCGUAACAAUUAAAACAUUUUAUUCUAGAAAGGUUGAGAGAGAGUUAAAUCGUUUCGUAGUUUUGCGGACAAUAAUAUUAUUGUGUAUUUUUCAGAAACAUAUAAAAAUUUGUUAAAUGCCGCUUCGUGACAAUUAAUUGUUAUAAUUGCGAAUAAACAUGGAAAGUUCUCGCACAAAUGUAACGGAAGCACGAAAGUGCAAAUCCGAGCAUGCGAUGCAAAUACCCAGGAUCCUCGACGCAAAGGUGGAACCGCUAUUUUCCCUGCCAUCGGACCUAAUGAGUCCUAAAAGGUGUAAGAGGAAAGGAGAGGCACUAAUCAAGGAAAAGGAAAAAGUCCAAAAAUUUCGCGGUGCUUCUCACACAGCGAAACGUCUUCGCGAGGAAAAGUUUCGCAGAUUUAUGGUGGGUUUGAUAGUGAAACCAGAGUUGCCGGAGAUGGACGUGGAUCUAAGCGAUGACAAAGACAUCAAUAGAUACUAUUAUUACGUUUGCAAUGGAGUUGAUACGAUUCACACGGUGAGCAUCGAGGACGUCUUCGUCGAGGCGAUACUCGAUCUGGUUCCCGGUAGCUUGCGUGACAAAUUUUCCAAUUUUGCGAGUGAUCUGAUCCUUGAGAUCAAGAAGGACUUCACGAUGAACAUGAAGAAGGCCAUCGUUGAGUUUGCGCUCACGGAUCCGUCUGAGGAACGUCCUUCUGAGUUCAACGGGAUCCGGGAGGACGAGCGACGCAUUCAGCAUCCGGACUUGCGGAAGCACGUGGCACAGUGUCGCGAAAUUCUGCAUGCCGAUCUGAAUUUAAUAAACCCGUGCAUGCGAAUGACUCUGGAGCAGUGGGUUUGCGAUUACAGUCAAUUUCGACUGAUCAAUUUGGAGCAUAUCGUCACGCACAAGGAAAGCUGGGAUCUGACAAAUUUUCAUACUCUAAUCUCUCGUCAGAUCGUCGCCAAUCGGCGGAUUUUGAGGAAAGCCUGGUACAUCGGGAUUCAAGAAAUAUUCCUCGUGAACAACAGGAAGAAGAUGGUGCCCAGUCCGAUGCAGCGCAGGCAGUUCAAACGGUUCUUCGAUUGCGUGGCCAAGCUGAUGGAAUCGCAGCUUUUAAGGGCCUGCAAGCGCUCACUGCGGGAUUUCGUUAAUUACAUUGCGGACGACAAGCCCGGAGGCUGCCGCUUUAAAGUGAGCAUCAUCGUGGUCUCCAGGGAGCUCGCUUUUCAACCAUCCUUCGACAAUUUUAAGAAAUCGCUUUGCAACAUUCUUGAAGCGAUAUGCGAUGCCGUGAGGAAUUUUGAAAGACUGGAGACGCAGCUCUAUCUCGAUUGGGCGGGACCUCAAGAAUUUCUCAAGCCGCAGAUAUCGCAGCCCAUCGUGGAGCAGCUCAAGAGACAGAUAAAUCAGCUGAUCGAUCGCGAAAGAAUAAUCCCGGAGCAGAAGAUGGUAGAAUUGAGAAAAUAUGCGUACCUCCACAACGACGAGGAGCUCGGUCGGACGGAGGCUUUCUUGCUGAACGAGAGGACGAAGCUGGAGGAGUACGAGAUGAGAAUUAAACUCUAUCACGAUCUCGCCGGAAGUAUACCGAUCGAGAUCGAGAGAACGGUUUUCGCGGGAUUCUUCGAAGUUUCCCAUGCGCCCUUCGUUAGAACCAUAGUGGAGAACGUUGAGCGUUUCAAAGGACUUCUAAUUGACCGCCUCGUCGAUCGAUAUCAAAAUACGACGAAGAAGUGAAUAUUCAAUACAUUUUACGUACUUAAGGCUUUUAAUUAAAUAUUAAUAAUUUUAGUUAAUGCCAGUCUUCAGUUUUAUUAUUCGCAAUCGAUUAUAUAUUAGUUUCAAACUACGUAAUUAAUAUUAGAUAGCAUUUAUGUGCAGC